GAAAAAGCACAAAUUCAAAAUGAACAAACAAAACAAGUGUGAUUUGUGAAGAAGAAGUAAACACCUAAAUCAAUAAUAAUAAUAAUAAUAAUAAUAAUAAUUAUUAUUAUUAUAUCUUGAAACCUAAAUGAAUAAAUGAAUAAUUUCAUAAUGUGAAAUAUACUAGGACAUUUGUCGCCACGAACUACCCAUAGUUGGCACUGCAGUGAGAAGUCUAUCCCUCCCUCUUUAAUAAUGCUGAAAACUUGAUCCCAAUACUUAUUUGGUCAGCCGUCGGUGGAUAUAAAUCAUAUAAUUAUGCAUGAGAAACUGCAAGCAGUUUCCUCUUCUACUCUGAAUAAAUUCUUAAAAAAGGCACAGCCAAAAUUUGUGCUCAUAUCAUCUAGAAGAGAUGAUUCGUUCUUGGCUCGUUUGCUGGUUUCUAGAGAAGACAAUGUUAGUCUAUCCAUGAUAUUUUCUGCUCGCAGAAGCAUAGAGUUGCUGCACGAGAAAUUGAGCAACGAAUCAUUUCUGAAGCGUUGGUAUAGGGAAUUUCAGCUGGUUUCUAUUGGGGAGAUAGAGCGUGAAAUGGACUCUGAUUGGAAACCCUUCAUUAAGAUAAUCCUCACCAGAAGAGUUGGGAUGGACAUGAUCUAUUCAAUGUAGCACGCGUUUGAAAAGAGCUUGGCGGUGGCCCCUGGCCUGGCUUAAUCUAGUGCAGCUUGAUGUUAUAUUCACAUCAAUCAGAUGAUGCUUGCUAUCUGUAACACUGCUCUUCUGCAAUGACAAUCCAUUCUAAAAGGUGUUGAGAAUUCUUUACAUUCUCUCAGAGGGCUCCUGUCCUCUGAGGCCUUGGUUUUUGUCUAGAAUAAUUUGCAGCUUGGUUUUUCAUUAUCAGUCUUGUCACGAGAGAUUAGAGCCUCCAUUGGGGGUGUGGAUUGUGUAAAGAAAAUUGGCCACAACCAUAUUUAAUAUAGACAUUAGCAUCGGAGAAGAUAUCUACUUACUU